CAUCCGCCCGCACUCGAUCCCGACUUUUCAAAGCCAAAAAAAAACUCAAAAUCUUUCUCUGCCUUCUUCUCAUUCUCCUUCAUCUGGGAACAGAGCCUUCAAUUCAUCGCUGGUUCUGCUUCUCGUCUUUCUCUCUCUUACUUCUUGUCCAAAUAUCGUGUCGAUCACUUUUAUCAGUUUUUUAAUCCUUGGUAAACGGGAUUAAUUUUUGUGUUGAAGUAGUAAGGGAUGGCGUCCGGUGGCGAAGCAGCGGCGUGGGUGCCGCAGGAGGAGGGACUGAGGGAGAUCUGUGGGCUUCUACAGCAGCAGAUGGCUCCCACCGCCGAUGACAUGUCUGCGGUUUGGCAGAAGCUGGAGCACUACUCUCAGUUCCCCGAUUUCAAUAAUUAUCUCGCCUUCAUUUUCGCGCGAGCGGAGGGAAUCUCAGUUGAGGUUAGGCAAGCAGCUGGCCUGCUUCUGAAAAACAACCUUAGAAGUGCACUCAAAACCAUGCCGCCUGCAAAUCAACAAUAUAUAAAGUUGGAGUUGUUACCUUGUGUGGGAGCAGCUGAUAAACAAAUUAGGUCUACAGCUGGGACCAUUAUUAGUACUUUUGUUCAGAUUGGGGGAGUUGCUGAGUGGCCUGAAUUGCUACAUGCGCUUGUAAAGUGUUUGGAUAGUAAUGAUGUCAAUCAUAUGGAAGGUGCUAUGGAUGCUUUGUCUAAGAUUUGUGAAGAUGUUCCCCAAGUGCUAGAUUCUGAUAUUUCUGGAUUAUCUGAACGGCCCAUUAACGUCUUUGUUCCUAGAUUCCUUCAGCUAUUCCAGUCACCACAUGCUACACUACGGAAGCUUGCUUUGGGUUCAGUGAAUCAGUAUGUUAUGCUAAUGCCUACUGUUCUAUCUGUGUCUAUGGAUAAAUAUUUACAAGGUUUGUUUCUUCUUGCUAAUGACCCAACUCCGGAGGUGCGGAAGCUGGUGUGUGCUGCGUUUGUUCAGCUAAUUGAAGUUCGUUCUACUGUAUUGGAGCCUCAUUUAAGGAACGUCAUCGAGUAUAUGCUGGUUGUCAACAAAGACCAAGAUGAUGAAGUGGCUCUAGAGGCUUGUGAAUUUUGGUCUGCCUAUUGCGAAGCUGAAUUGCCUCCUGAAAACUUGAGAGAGUUUUUACCACGGCUUCUUCCAAUUUUGCUUUCAAACAUGGCGUAUUCUGAUGAUGAUGAAUCUAUUGUUGAAGCUGAGGAGGAUGGAUCUCUUCCAGACAGAGAGCAGGAUCUGAAGCCUCGCUUUCAUGCAUCUCGCUUUCAUGGUUCAGAGGAUGUGGAAGAUGAGGAUGAUGAUAUCGUAAAUGUGUGGAACUUACGUAAAUGCAGUGCAGCUGCUCUGGAUUUCAUUUCCAAUGUGUUUGGAGAUGAGAUCUUGCCCACCUUGAUGCCCAUUGUGCAGGCAAAGUUGUCUGCUACUGGUGAUGAAGCCUGGAAAGAUAGGGAAGCUGCCGUUUUAGCCUUUGGUGCCAUAGGCGAGGGAUGCAUUAAUGGCCUCUAUCCACAUUUAUCUGAGAUUAUUGCAUUUCUUGUUCCUCUCUUAGAUGACAAGUAUCCUCUGAUAAGGAGCAUCUCUUGUUGGACACUAUCACGGUUCAGCAAAUAUAUUGUUCAGGGUACUGCACAUCGAGAAGGUCAUGAUCAGUUUGACAAAGUUUUGACGGGUUUCCUACGAAGAUUAUUGGAUGAUAAUAAGAGGGUACAAGAAGCUGCUUGUUCAGCAUUUGCGACACUUGAAGAGGAAGCCGCGGAAGAGUUGGUACCACGACUGGAUGUCAUUCUGCAACACUUAAUGUGUGCCUUUGGAAAAUAUCAGAGGAGGAAUCUCAGAAUUGUGUAUGAUGCCAUUGGAACAUUAGCAGAUGCUGUUGGAGGGGAACUGAAUCAGCCUAAAUAUCUUGAGAUCUUGAUGCCCCCACUGAUUACAAAGUGGCAGCAACUUUCAAACUCUGACAAAGAUCUUUUCCCACUGCUGGAAUGCUUUACAUCAAUAGCACAGGCACUGGGUACUGGAUUUUUGCAGUUUGCUCAACCAGUGUAUCAGAGGUGCAUAAGCAUCAUCCAGACUCAACAACUGGCAAAGGCUGAUCCCAUUUCAGCUGGCUCACCGUAUGAUAAAGAGUUCAUAGUUUGCUGUUUGGAUCUUCUCUCUGGACUUACUGAGGGUCUUGGUCCUGGCAUAGAGAGUUUGGUUUCGCAAAGUAAUUUACGAGACUUGCUGCUGCAAUGUUGUAUGGAUGAUGCCUAUGAUGUCAGGCAAAGUGCUUUUGCACUGCUGGGGGACCUUGCUAGAGUCUGUCCAGUUCAUUUACAUCCACGAUUAGCUGAAUUCCUUGAUGUUUCUGCUAAGCAAUUGAACUCCCCAAAACUGAAGGAAACAGUAUCUGUUGCCAACAAUGCAUGCUGGGCAAUUGGAGAACUAGCAAUAAAGGUUCGCAAGGAGAUGUCUCCAGUAGUUCUGACUGUGGUAUCAGCCUUGGUCUUAAUACUUCAACAUCCUGAGGGCCUCAACAAAUCACUCAUUGAAAAUACAGCAAUUACGCUUGGAAGACUUGCAUGGGUUUGCCCUGAGCUUGUCUCACCACACAUGGAGCAUUUCAUGCAGUCUUGGUGUAUUGCUUUGUCCAUGAUACGAGAUGACAUAGAGAAGGAAGAUGCUUUCAGAGGUUUGUGUGCAAUGGUUAGAGCAAAUCCAUCAGGGGCCUUAAAUUCACUGGUUUUCAUGUGUAAGGCAAUUGCAAGUUGGCAUGAAAUAAGGAGCGAGGACCUACACAAUGAAGUAUGCCAGGUGUUGCAUGGGUAUAAACAAAUGCUCAAGGAUGGAGCAUGGGAACAAUGCAUGUCCGCUUUGGAGCCACCUGUGAGGGACAAGCUACGGAAGUAUCAACUGCAAUGAUCCUUGUUUUUGGAGAGUUUUCAUUGUAUGCCGUCUUGCAAGAUUCACAGUGUCAUUCCUGUCAUCUGGUCUGCUGUUUUCUUGGCACUAAUUAUUGGAGGCAUUUUCAGUUGGGGAUGCGUUUGGGUGAUGAAUUCCAGCACCUUUCUUAUUGGACCUUGAAGUUUAACACAUCGGGACUGGAAUCGUGCAGUAUCGUAGUUUUCAUUGGGAAAUUGGUUUUCUACACAAGGAUGUGCUUAUUUGAACUUGGGUACACAUCUUGCAAGUGAUUGGUUUCCAUUAUUUCAUUUUGUUGGCAUAUUGGGUUGUGGAGUUGUGAAAUUAUUUUUAAAGGGUUCUAGUGGGAAGAAAUGAAGCCCACAAAGUUCCAUAAGUUUUGUUAGGAUGCUGCUGAUUCUGUAAUUUGUUUGUAGGCAGGGAAAUUCAUGUUGUUUCCCGUAUAGAUAAGAUGAUGGGAACUCACAGAUGAAAAAUAAGAUAUGUGCCAUGUAGUAGUAGUCUAUGCGUCUGAUGAUUUGAUACGAAAAUUAGGUGUUUUCUUAAAUUUAUUAAUGUUGUACUACUACCCAUUUUAUGUGUUCUCGUUUUUAUUGUAAAAUUCUCGUGACUAUUUAUUUAAUUUUCUUUUCUUUUA